AUGUCAGCGUCCUCUCUGAAAGCCACUCUCCAUGCAGCCUCCCGGUGCACAGUGGUGAUGGCGCUGCCAGGCUUCUCAUGGACCGUACUUCUGCUACUCUGCACCCUGGAGCAGCUGGGGGCCCUGGCCGUGCACACGGAGGCCAGGGGGCCGGGCCUGGUGCAGCUGGGGGCCCUGGCCGUGCACACGGAGGCCGGGGGGCCGGGCCUGGAGCAGCCGGGGGCCCUGGCUAUGUACACGGAGGCCAGGGGGCCGGGCCUGGAGCAGUCAGGGGACAGCAUGCUGCUGGCAGGUGGACGUGUGAAGCGCGGCUGGGUGUGGAACCAGUUCUUUGUGGUUGAGGAGUACACUGGCACGGAGCCGCUGUACGUGGGAAAGAUCCACUCGGACUCGGAUGAGGGGGACGGGUCCAUCAAGUACACCAUCUCCGGGGAGGGCGCAGGAACCAUCUUCCUCAUUGAUGAGGUCACAGGCGACAUCCAUGCCACUGAGCGCCUGGACCGGGAGCAGAAGACGUUCUACACGCUGCGGGCACAGGCCCGGGACCGCCAGACCAACCAGCUGCUGGAGCCUGAGUCUGAGUUCAUCAUCAAGGUGCAGGACAUCAAUGACAGCGAGCCCCGUUUCCUGGAGGGGCCCUACAUCGGCAGCGUGGCCGAGCUGUCCCCCAUAGGCACGUCCGUGAUGCAGGUGAUGGCAUCAGAUGCCGAUGACCCCACGUACGGCAGCAGUGCCAGGGUGGUGUACAGUGUGCUGGAAGGAGAGCAGCACUUCACAGUGGACAGUAAAACAGGUGUGAUCCGGACGGCAGUGGCCAAUCUGGACAGAGAAACUCAAGACCGGUAUGAAGUGGUGAUCCGAGCCACGGACAUGGCAGGGCAGCUGGGUGGCCUGUCUGGAUCCACCACGGUCACAAUUGUGAUCACAGAUGUCAACGACAACCCUCCACGAUUCCCCCAGAAGAUGUACCAAUUCAGCGUUGUGGAGACUGCCCUUGUGGGCACUGCGAUUGGGAGAGUGAAGGCGGAGGACUCGGAUGUGGGGGAGAACACAGACAUGACGUACCAGAUCAAAGAUGAGGAGGGGGUGCAGAUGUUUAAAGUCGCCACAGACAGCAACACCCAGGAGGCGAUCAUCACCGUGCAGAAGCCCCUUGACUACGAGGCCAAGAUGGUUCACACUGUGGUGGUGGAGGCCCUGAACAAGUUUGUGGACCCAAGGUUUGUGGAUCUGGGCACGUUCCGAGACCAAACCAUUGUGCGGGUCUCUGUGUUGGACGUGGAUGAGCCCCCGGAGUUCCGGCCCCCCUCUGACCUGAUGGAAGUCCAGGAGGAUGCCUACGUUGGCUCUGUGGUGGGAGUGGUCACCGCCCUGGACCCCGAUGCUGCAAACAACCCUGUCCGAUACGCCAUCGAUCGCAACACUGACCUGGAGAGGAUCUUUGACAUUGAUGCAAACACAGGCGCCAUUGUGACAGGCAAAGUCCUGGAUCGGGAGACAGCAGGGUGGCACAACAUCACGGUCCUGGCAAUGGAAGCAGACAAUCAUUCCCAGGUGUCUAGAGCAUCUCUGCGUAUCCGAAUCCUGGAUGUGAACGACAACCCACCCGAGCUGGCCACGCCGUACGAGGCUGCGGUAUGUGAAGAUGCCAAGCCCGGCCAGCUAAUUCAGACAAUAAGUGUCGUGGAUCGUGACGAGCCUCAGAGUGGCCAUCGCUUCUACUUCACACUGGCCCCGGAAGCCACUGACAACCACCACUUUUCUCUGCUGGAUAUCCAGGACAACACGGCCGCGGUGCACACGCGGAGAGUGGGCUUUAACCGCCAGGAGCAGGACAUUUACUUCCUUCCCAUUCUGGUGGUGGACAGUGGGCCUCCCGCCCUGAGCAGCACGGGGACUCUGACCAUCCGGGUGUGUGGUUGUGACAGCACAGGGGCCAUCCAGUCCUGUAACAGCACAGCCUACGUCAUGUCUGCAACGCUGAGCCCCGGCGCUCUCAUCGCACUCUUGGUUUGCAUCCUCAUCCUGAUCGUGCUGGUUCUCCUAAUCCUCACUCUGAAGCGACACCACAAGAGCCAUCUGACGUCAGAGGAGGAUGAGGACAUGAGGGACAAUGUCAUCAAGUACAACGAUGAGGGAGGUGGGGAGCAGGACACCGAGGCCUACGACAUGUCAGCCCUACGCAGCCUCUAUGACUUCAGUGAGCUCAAAGGCAGCGACAGCGGGGGAGGGCCGGGAGAUGGGGGCAUGACUAGUAACUUGCCCUCCGAGCUCCAUGCCCUCCCACAGUGGUUCCAGAACCCAGACCUGGACUUCUCCAUGUUCAGAGACUACAUCAGCAGGAAGGUGGAUCAGGCGGACGAGGAUCUGUCUGUCCCACCAUACGACUCGUUCCAAACCUACGCCUUCGAGGGCUCAGACUCCCCUGUCCCGUCCUUGAGCUCCAUCAACACCUGGUCCACCAGCUCAGAACAGGACUUCUCCUAUCUGAGCAGCUGGGGGCCGCGCUUCCGGCAGCUGGCGGCUCUCUACGCCGGGCAUAAAGGUGAGGAGGAGAGCGAAGAAUCCUAG